AUGGAGGAAGCUUUAUCUGGUGAUCGUAGUAGUAGUCGAAGGAUUGUGUUGCCAAAUCGUAGUGAGCUCUCUUCACACCUUGUUGACUUUUUGGAUGUCCAUUUUCGCACCCACAACGAUCUGUCAUCUUCGUUUUCAUACACGGCAACAUAUUUGGGUGAAAACUGCGUAGGAUUGGAAACCCAUACCGCAAAUCUCCAGAAAAACCUCGGCAAGCUCAUAGUCUCGUGGAUUUCUCGGUCGAUUCGAGCCAAAACAGCUUUUCACAAACUCAAGAAGCUUACCCUCUGCACCACAUUACAAUAUGGGGUCGAGUUGGAGAAAGUCAAGAAAUUGUUGGGUGAGGAUAUGCCUAGUCUUGCCAAGGAACUGAGGCGGAUUGAUGAUAUUCGUAAUUAUGCGGAUUUUUCUCAAAUUGAAUUUAAUCAUCGGAGGUUUCUGCCCUUGAAGCGGGCGAGCUCCCUUGACCUGCUCUUCACCGAACAAGAGUAG